UGGAAAAUUAAAGAAAAUGUAUAAAGCUGAGUUUUCAAUAAAGCUUCUUACAAUCGCUGGUGCUCAUAGACCAAUAAGUUGGUCAUCAUUCUUCACAAAAACUUUAUAUAAUAUUUUUACUAUCUUCGUGAUUAUUCUUUUACAAUCCUUUAAUAUUUCAUUGUUUAUGAACCUUACUCUGCAUUCAUUAAAUGAUAUUGACGAUUUAGCAGAAUCAUUAUGUUGGUCUUUAGCAGCUUUUAUUAUUAGCGCCAAAAUGACCAAUUUUCUACUGCGACGAGAAGAUAUUAUAAAAUUGAUAAGAAUUUUAAGUGAAGAUUGCUUAAAAACUCGCAACAAUAAAGAGAAAAUAAUUCAAGACAAAUGUGAUUUUACAGCUAUAUGGAACACGAAGUAUUUUGUCAUAACAAGCUAUGCCACAGCGUUAGCGAUGACAUUAGGAGAAUUAACAAAAGGCAAAAAUAAUAUUAGUUUGCCAAUCAAAGCUUCGUUUCCUUAUGAUUAUAAUCAGAGAUUAGCAUUUUGUUUGACAUAUAUUAGUCAAUGUGUGACUAUUUAUUUUAGUGCAUUUAUUACUAUUGCAUCCGAAUCAUUUGUAAUGACAAUGUUGAUUCAAAUUUGUUCUCAACUAGAUAUAAUAAGUCAUCGACUACAAUGUUUAUCACAUUUGUAUAGAAGCAAUAUAAAAUCUAUUAUAUUCAAUGAAUCAGAAGAGGCAAAAAUUAUCAAAAACUGUAUUAUGCAGCAUAAUUACGUUUACAUAUCUUUGUGUUACGUUUGA